AUGACUGAUGAUAAUCAUAGUGAUGGGUCUCCUUCCGAGCUUCAGCAUGGAGCUACUUAUGCUAAGCCUUCCAUUCAACCCCCUGGGCAUUUUAAUGCGUCUGCUGGAAAUAAUGUCGCAGAGGAGUGGAAAAUGUGGAGCCAGCAAUGGGAAAAUUACUCUAUUCUCACAAAUCUCUCUCAACAACCUGAUCGUUAUCAGACUGCCCUUCUCCUUCACAGUGUUGGACCGGAAUGUCUUCGCGUCUACAAUGGCAUGAAAUUUGCUACUGAGGCUGAUAGCAUCAAAUGUUCUGUGAUUAUGGACAAGUUUAACACACAUUUCCUUGGAGAGAGCAGAGAAUUCUUUGAGAGAUUUAAAUUCAACCAGCGCAAUCAAGAGAGUGGUGAAUCCAUUGAGCAGUAUGUCACGGUUCUUCGUAUGAUGAGCAAAACGUGUGGAUUCUGUGAUUGUAUGAAAGACAAGCUGCUUGUUGAUCGUGUCCUACUCGGUGUGCGUGAUGAUCGAAUGAGAGAACUACUCAUUUCGAGAUCUGACCUUGACCUCACGACUGCUAUAGACGUGUGUAAAGCUGUAGAGGCUACUUCUGUCCAAAUGAAAGCUCUGAGUCAAAAGAAUGAAGACAUACAUAAGGUUGGACAGAGACAUUUCCCAAAGUCUGGAAGAAAGAAGUAUAGCACGCAGAAACCAACAGGGAAAGAUCUACAGGAAGGUAAAUCAGAGGUUAAGAAGUGCAAGUUCUGUAACAGGGUUCAUGAGAUGAAAAAAGAGUCCUGUCCAGCAUGGGGACAAAAGUGCAAAGCUUGCAGUAAGCCUAAUCACUUCAAGGGAUCUUCAGUGUGCAAGACCAGGAAUGUUCACCAUGUCGGAGAUGAUGACUACUCAUCCUCAGCUGAAAGCAUUAGUUUUGUGCAAAUUAAUGCAGUGGAUAUGGACAAAGAGCCAAUUAUCUGUAACAUGCUUAUCAACAAUCAGAGGGUACCGUUCCAGCUGGACUCAGGUGCAACAGUGAAUCUUCUUCCACAAAAGUAUCUAAAAGAGGAGGAUGUAGUUCAGAGUGCAAACAUCCGUCUAUCUAUGUGGAAUAAAGCUACAACUCAGGCUAUUGGCAAGUGUAAGGUGAUAACCAGAAAUCCUGCUACUGGCAAGAAAUACAAAGUUGAAUACAUUGUAGUAAAAGAAGAUCUACCUCCACUGUUGAGCAAAACAGCAGGGGAAAAGAUGCAGCUCAUUACUGUUCAUUAUGAUUCCCUUGAGCUAGUACGCAGCAUAGUUCCUGAGGACAUUGCUGAGAUAAUACCUGACAAGUAUCCUGAUGUGUUCUCGUCUUCUUCAAUUGGCACUCUGCCUGGAAGUCCUGUUCAUCUGACAGUUACGGAUGAUGCAAUGCCUACUGUUUGCCCAGCUAGAAUCAUCCCUGAAUCCUUGAAAGGCAAAGUAAAGGAUGCACUUGAUGAUCUUCAGGCAAAAGACAUCAUCGAAGAAGUCAGCUCUCCAACUGAUUGGGUAAAUCAGAUGGCUGUGGUGCAGAAAAAAUCUGGUAAAGUACGUGUUUGUCUAGACCCCAGACCUCUCAACAUCGUGCUUAAGAGGGAGCACUAUCCCUUACCUGUCUUAGAUGAUAUUCUACCUCAGCUUUCGGAUGCUACAGUCUUUUCAAUCUGUGACUUGAAAGACGGAUACCUUCACUGCAAGUUAGAUGAAGAGUCUAGUUUACUGACUACUUUUGCCACACCCUGGGGAAGGUACAGAUGGAAACGUCUUCCAUUUGGUUUGAAAGUCAGUAGUGAAAUCUUCCAAAAGAGGCUUCACCAAGCACUUGAUGGUCUUUCUGGAGUCCGCUGUGUGGCCGAUGACAUCAUCAUCUGGGGCAACAGUGAUGCUGAGCAUGAUGCCCGACUACAUUGUCUACUGAAGAGAUGUCAAGCUGUUGGCAUUGUGUUGAACAAGGAGAAAUGUCAGUUCCGACUGAAGGAAAUCACAUUCCUUGGCCACAUCGUAUCCAGCUCUGGACUCAAACCUGAUCCAUCAAAGAUCGAAGCUAUCCUGAACAUGACUGAUCCUUCUUGUAAAGAUGACAUCCAUCGCUUGCGUGGCAUGGUAAACUACCUAUCCAGAUACCUACCUAAGUUAUCAGAUGUGAUGAAACCUCUCAAUGACUUGACGCAUAACAACUCAGCGUGGACUUGGGACUCCAACCACGACAAAGCUUUCAAGGUGUUGAAAGAGAUGCUAGUGCAAGCACCUGUGUUGGCCUUCUACGAUCAUAGCAAACCGCUAGAAAUUCAGACUGAUGCCAGCUCCACAGGCGUAGGUGCGGUUAUGCUACAAGAUGGAAGACCGAUAGCCUAUGCUAGCAGAAUGCUGAGUGAUGCCGAAUCCAGAUACUCUGUCAUUGAGAAAGAAAUGCUUGGUAUAGUAUUUGCACUGGAGAAAUGGAAUCAAUACACCUAUGGCCGUGAAAUAGCUGUGUUCACUGACCACAAACCUCUUGAAAGCAUCUGCAAGAAACACCUGGAUAGAGCUCCAAAGCGUCUGCAAGGGUUACUGCUACGAGCUCUUGCAUAUGACAUACAAGUGAGAUAUCUCAAGGGCAAGGACAACGUCCUGGCUGAUGCUCUUAGCCGUGCUUCUCUUCCCUAUGAGAGUGGACAACAUGAUCUAGAAGUGGUGAAUGCUGUUAACCACUUGGCACUCCCUGAUGACAAGAUAGCAGAGAUAAAAAGACAGACUGCCAAUGACCCUACUCUCUGCCAACUCAAAGACACCAUUCUUGAAGGGUGGCCAGACCACAAGUCACAACUUCCUCAGUCACUCACCCCAUACUUUGGUUUCAGAGAUGAACUUUCUGUCAGUGAUGAUCUAAUCUUCAAGGGUGAACGGCUUGUAGUCCCAAAACAAGUCAGGCACAAAAUGAAAGAGGAGUUACAUCGUGGUCACAAUGGUGUCGAGUCAACUUUGAGGAGAGCUCGUGAUCAUCUCUACUGGCCGGGCAUGAGUAAAGAAAUCAAGGAAUUUAUUCAAACAUGUGCCACAUGCCAAGAAAACUCCAGCUCACAACCUGCCCAGCCUCUGAUGUCGCACCAGAUUAUAGACAGACCAUGGGCUAAAAUAGGACUGGAUCUUUUCCAUCAUAGUAAUGACACAUAUUUGAUCAUGAUCUGUUACUACUCAAACUACUUUGAGAUAGAAAAACUACAGAGGACAACUGCCCCUGCAGUCAUCAAGAAACUGAAACACCAGUUUGGGAGAUAUGGAGUACCUGAAAUCAUUGUAUCUGACAAUGGUCCUCCUUUCUCCUCUAACGAAUUUGCUGAAUUUGCCAAAAAGCUUGGAGUUAAGCAUAAUACCAUCUCUCCAUACAACAGCAAAGCUAAUGGCAAAGCAGAGUCUGCUGUCAAGACUGCAAAAAGACUACUUACAAGAUGCAAGGAUACUGGAGAUGAUGUUGAUCUAGCCUUACUCAACAUUCGCAACACCCCUACACAAGGUAUCCAGAGUAGUCCAGUCCAGAGAUUCAUGGGUCGUCGGACUCGUACUCUCCUCCCCACUUCGACUCGGUUGCUUGCACCUGAUCGCAACCCACAGGCUGAUCUUGAGAGACUGAAAGAAAGCCAGAAACGUCAAGCAAAGUAUUUCAACAGAGAUACAAGAAAGUUGAAAGAUCUCUCACCAGGAGCAGUCGUAAGAGUCAAGCCAUUCAACAAUAACAAGAAGUGGAAGAAAGCAGUUAUCCUUAAGAAACUGGAUGACCGUUCCUAUGAAGUUCGCUGUGAGGGCCAGGUUCUCAGAAGGAACAGGUUCUCAGAAGGAACAGAGAACACCUCAGAGCCACAUCUGAACCACAAGAUGUACAUGACACUGGUCCUGCUCUUUUCAACUGGAGACGUUCUGAUGGUAAUCCUCAACCUGAUGUACCAACUACUGAGCGCCAUACUUCCUAUACCAGGACCCAGAUAUCCCAGAACGCGGAUAUUAACAGUCCGGAGAAGUCGCGUGAUCCAAACUUGA